CUACUUUUUCCUCAUGGCAUCCAGAGGUCCGGCUCCAGCCCAGCAGGGUGUAACGAAAACUCUUUCUGGAUCCAAUGCCACUUUUAAUGACAAGGGUAAACCUAUGGAGCUUAGAUUGUCAAAUAUGGUCGCCGCAAAGGCGAUUAGUGACGCUGUGCGGACUUCUCUGGGACCAAGAGGAAUGGACAAGAUGAUCCAAACCGCUAAAGGCGAAACCAUCAUAACCAAUGACGGUGCUACUAUUCUGAAGAGCAUACAAGCGCUACAUCCCGCAGCCAAGAUGCUCGUUGACCUAUCGGCUGCUCAAGACGUAGAGGCGGGAGAUGGCACGACCUCGGUUGUCGUCCUUGCCGGAAGUUUUCUUGGUGCUGCAGAAAAAAUGCUCCAGAAAGGAAUCCAUCCUACUCUUGUAGCCGAGUCAUUUCUCAAAGCUUCCGUAAAAGCUACGGAAUAUCUGACUGACAUCUCAACUCCCGUGGACUUAAAUGACAAACCCAGUCUUCUGCGUGCGGCGAGCACAUCUCUCAAUUCCAAGAUCGUAUCUCAGUACUCAUCCACAUUAGCACCCAUCGCUGUCGCCGCCGUCACUCGUCUGGUAACACCAACGUCUUCGAAUGUCGACCUUCGAGACAUCCGUGUGGUCAAGAAAAUUGGUGGCACAAUCGAAGACACCGAGCUAGUUGAAGGGGUCGUACUCAAUCAAAACGUUGUCACUGCAGCUGGUGGACCGACCCGGGUCGAAAAGGCCAAAAUUGCCAUCGCACAAUUCCAAUUAUCUGCACCGAAACCGGAUAUGGAUAACACCGUCGUUAUCAAUGAUUAUCGUCAGAUGGACAAAGUCAUCAAGGAGGGACGACAGUACCUGCUCAACAUGUGCAAGAAAAUCAAGAAAGCCAACUGCAACGUUCUUCUUCUCCAAAAAUCCAUUCUUCGUGAUGCUGUUGAUGACACCUCGCUUAAUUUCUUGAAGCGGCUGAACAUCUUGGUCGUAAAGGACGUUGAACGUGACGAGAUUGAGUUUUUGUCAAAGAGCUUGGGCUGCAAGCCAAUUGCGGACAUCGAGGCCUUCACCGAAGAUAAACUUGGUUACGCAGACCUUGUUGAGGAGACUUCUGCAGAUGAAGUGAAGGUCGUGAAGAUUACUGGUAUCAAAAAUCGAGGUCGAACUGUAAGUAUUCUGGCGAUGGGAAGCAACAAUCUGGUAGUAGAGGAGUGCGAGCGUAGUUUACAUGAUGCUCUCUGUGUCGUUCGGUGUUUGGUCAAGAAACGGGCACUGAUUGGCGGUGGUGGUGCGCCAGAAAUCCAUGUGUCUAGGAUGCUCUCACAGUAUGCACAAUCACUCAAGGGCAUGGAAGCCUACUGUUUCCAGGCAUAUGCAGAUGCCCUAGAGGUGAUUCCGACGACGCUCGCUGAAAAUGCUGGCCUCAAUCCUAUCGCAAUCGUAACUGAACUACGGAAUCGCCAUGCUCUCGGUGAGAGGACGGCGGGUAUCAAUGUUAGAAAGGGUCUCAUAUCCAAUAUUUUGGAGGAAGAUGUAGUGCAGCCUCUACUCGUUUCCACUAGUGCGGUUGAACUUGCCACAGAGACAGUAUGUCUUCUGCUUAAAAUUGACGACUAUGUGCAAAGUCGAUGA